GCUAAUAAAUCUUCACUUAUACCAGUCUUUGUGUUCUUACUUUCACGUUGUGGGAAUUGCAGAGGUCUCUCGUUUCGAGUAUAAAUGAUCAGCGUUUUUCAAGCACAACAAUCAGCGACGACCAGAUAUAACAACCUUCUGAAACUUGAAACGCUCCUUAUUUAUGUUUUGCUCAAUUGCUAAGUUAUAAAUUCUUAUUACGUAAUAUUUCAAUUGCAUGGCUCAUUGAAUUAACCGUAGAUAAUAGUAGCUAACUUCCCCUCUUGAAAGUUUUUUUGGUGAAAUAACUCAUUCAAUCAAUAAUGAUCAUUUGAUCUGUAUCCCCUUUGAUUUCUUUAAAAUGUUACAUUUUUUAUUGAUAAAUUAAUUUACCAUUAUUUGAUAUUCAUUAUUGAUUAUUUUAUUGAUUAUUUUUAAUUGAAAGGUUCGUAAAAGAAAUCAUACAGAUCUAUGUCCAGUACAUUUAGUAGCAUAUAAAGGAAAUUUAGCUAUGUUACAUUAUCUUAUACAAAAUGGUGUUAAUGUACAUCAACCAACUUGUACAUUACAACGUCGUCCAGUUCAUUAUGCUGCUUUACGUCAACAAGUAUCAUGUCUUCAAAUGUUGUUAAAUGCUGGAGCACAAAUUGAUGCACGUGAUACAUUUGGAAAUACUCCAUUACAUUAUGCAGCUGAAGAUGGCGAUGGUGGACUACUCAGUCUUCUAUUGAACAAUGGUGCUUGUGUUGAUGCUCAGGAUAUUACAAAUAAAACACCAUUAAUGAAAGCUGCACGUAGUGGUAAAGUUUGGGCUGUUCGACGACUUUUAUUAUUUGGUGCUAAUGUCAAUGUAAAAGAUCGUAAUGAUGAAACAGCCUUACAUUUUGCUUGUAGACAAGGAUCUACAGAAAUAACUAGAAUGUUAAUUAAAGCUGAAUCCCGUUUAAAUGCACAAAAUCAAAUUGGUUUAACACCAUUAAUGGAAUCUGUAUCGUAUAAUCAACGAGAAGCUGUUAGCUUAUUAAUAAAACAUAAAGAUAUUGAUUUGUAUAAAAGAGAUUUUUGCACUGGAGAUACAGCAUUACAUAUUGCAGUAAAAAAGAAUUAUAUACAUAUUGUAGAAAUAUUAUUAAGAGCAGGUAAUUGGUAUAUUGAAUAUAAUUAUAACAAUUUGGGUGAAUCAUUUGUACAUGAUGUUAUUGCAUAUAAUCGAUUAGAAUUAUUACGUUUAUUUCUUGCAUAUAAUUAUGAUUUGGAUAGACCAGCUAAACGUCUUCCAUUGAAUAUACAUUUACUAACAUCAUCAUCUUCUAAUUAUCAAACUCUAUUGAAAAAUACACAAAAUACUAUGAUAACAUCAAUGAUUCAAUCGGAAUCGAAUAAUCGUACAUUUAUAAAUCCAUAUGAAAAAUCACCAUUUAAAAUGGCAUUAGAACGUGGACAUCUUGAUAUGGCUAGAAUAUUAGCUGAAGUUGGUUGUUUUUGUACACAUUUACCAAUUCAUUCAAAUAGUAUAUCAUCAGUAUGUGCAACUUCAUCCUCCACCUCCUCCUCCUCCUCAUCUUCAUCAGCAUCAGCAUCAGCAUCAUCCUCGUCAGCAUCAUCGUCGUCAACAUCGAACAAUAAUAUAACCGAAACGAAUACAAUCAAUUCAACAGUUAAAAAUUCUCAUUUUAUUAAUCAAAAUCUUUUAACACGACGUUAUAAUGGUUUACUUGAAGUGAAAUCAUUACAAAAAUGGUGUCGUAAAGUGAUAAGACAACGUUUAGGUUUUCGUCUUAUUGAAGCAUUACCAUUAUUACCUAUACCAGUACCAUUAAAAGAUUUUCUAUUAUUACGUGAUAUUGAUUGGUCAAUUUAUUUAAAUAAUCAUAAUAAUCAUCGUAGUUCUAUGAUAAAUUCAGGAGAAUUAGCCAUUAUAGUACCAACUUGAAUAGAUCUCUUCUACUAUGUUGUCUUUUUCUUUCUUUCCUAUAUUUUUUUCUUUUUUUUUUUUUUUUUAAAAAGGAAACUAUCAUUUUCCAACACUUUUCUUUCUCUCGUUUCUUUUUUUUUUUUAAAGAAAAAAAAGAGAAAAAAAGAAAAGACAACAACAACAACAACAAUCUAAAUAGAUAAACAAAAUAUAAUCAGUUUCAAUUGUGUUUCUUUUUCUUCUGCUUCUUCUUGUUGUUCUCAAGUCUAGAUUAGUAGAUUUUCACAUGGUUACGUAACUUAGUUACAAAAAAAACAAAAAAAUCCUAUUUAGGUUUAUACAAUUAUACAUAUAUAUAUAUAUAUAUAUAUAUAUAUAUAGAAAUAAAUUACAUAACAACAUUAUAGGAGAUUCAUACAUGUUAUUAUUAUUGUUUUAAAUAAAAUGGAACGAAUAAGAUAUGUCUCUGUGCCAACAAACAUUGAAAUAUAUCUCUUGUAUUUUAUAUGUUUUAUUGAUUUGAACAUAUAAAUAUGGGUACAAAAAGGGUAUCGAAUACAUAUGCGCACCACAAUUGGUUUUACUUAGGGAGGGGGGGGUCACACCCAGAGCCUUCGACAAGCCAAUGGAGCAAUGUAAGAAGAUACAGUUCCAUGAUAGCCGGCGAUCAAUUAUUGUUUCAUACGCCAUUUGUUCCUACAGCAUUCAGAAGCUAAUGUAUACUAUUGAUUCGGAAUGAGUGCUUUCCAACUCCCCCUAUGUGGAUCUACUAUAUCCAAUGGGAGAGCUGACCCUCUUCACUCUCGGACGUACCAGUGUAUUUGGAAGUAUAUUUGUGGACCAUCAAAAAUGAAGCCUGUAAGGAUCAUUUACAAUCAUUAUCCUAAUCAAUGUUUCAAUGCUAAAAUAGAUAGUAUAGUUUAGCUUAAUCGAAU